AUGACGUGCACCGCGAGGCUCGCGGCGUGGACGGCGCUCACGGCGCCGUCCGCGCGCCUCGCGCGACGUCGUCAACGCGCGCCCGCGCGUCGCCGCGUCCGCGCGGCGGCCGCGGACGACGGGGUCGACGAAGACGAGACGACGACGACGACGACGGCGACGACGACGACGGACGACGACGAGACCGCCGACGCGCUCGAUGAAUCAUCGACACCCUUCGUGCAUCCGUACGAGUCCGCGGCGAUGGCGACGUCCCCGUCGCCGUCGUACGCGUCGUCCCCGUACGCCGCGGCCUCCGCGAACGCCUCCGCGGCGGCGACCGCGUCGCCGCCGCCCCCGCCGAAGAUCAUGACCCCGUUCCAGACGUCAGCGUUCCACGUCGGAUACUUCAGCACCGCGGUGCUGAUCGCGUGGGGCGUCAAGAAGGGCGUCGACGCGUUCAACGCGAUCCCGGACCUGAGCACGGAGGAGCGGCUCGUGCGGAUGGACGAGUUCGCGACCGCGCAGCUCGCGCGCGUGAACGCGAUGCCGCCCGGGAAGGCGCGCGACGCGGAGGCGAGGCGACUCGAGAAGAUGCGAGACGACAUUCGACGCAAGCGGAAAAAGUUUGAAGCCGCGGAGGCGCGACGCGAGGAGUGGAACGCGCGCCUGCGACGCCUGGACGAGCGCGGGAACCCGGUCGGGAGGAAAGAGGCGGUGCGGCGCGCGGAGGACGCGGCGCUUGCCGCGGGGAUCGACGAGAAGAGCGAGCGACGACGCGAGCUCGACGCGGCGGCGGCGGCGGCGGCGCGGCGAUCGGAAGCCGCCGAGGCGCGCGCGGCGCCGCCUGGCGCGGGCGCGGACGACGCGGGGGCGACGGCCUGGGUGGACUCGAGCGCGUACCUCGAGAGCGUCGUGGAGAAGGACUUCGAUGGGGAGGGAGGAGAUGAGGAGGAGAUUCUGGAGGUGAUCCCGCCGCCGGUCGCGGCGGCGAGCGCCCCGGCGAAGAAGAAGACGAAGCCGAAGCCGCCGACGAAGCCGCCGCCGAAGCCGAAGCCGAAGCCGAGGCGAGCGCCGAAGACGCCAACACCGAACCCCGCGACGCCGAAACCGACGAAUAAGACGAUAUUCGACCCGGAGAUCGUCGACACGAGGGACGACCUCACGAACAUCCCGGGAUUGACCCCCGAGCGAGAGCGCGAGCUCGACAGAGAGAUCCGCGAGCUCGAGCAGCGGUACGGCGACGACCCGAACGUAUCCCCCGAGGAGCUAGACGCGAGGUGCAACGCCAUCAUCGAAAAGUACGGCCUAGGCGACAAGGCGUUCACGGAGAACGAGAUGUACGACCCGGACGCUGAUCCGGAGAUGGCCGCGCGGCACUACAGCGAGGUCGAUCCGUACUACUGGCGCGACCUGAAAACCGUGCACGCGAUAUUCGAGGCGAACGCGAAGACGAAGGAGGUGCCGAUCAUGACGAUGAUGAUGACGCACCCAGGGCUGCCCGCGUAUCUCCCGGGCGGGAAAAAGCCGGAGAAUAAGGUGCGCUCUGCGUGCGCACUGGUCCCCACGCGACCGCGUUCGCGUUUCUCUCCGCCCACACCACGGUUUCGAUCCCCCCCCGCGACGCAUCGCGACUCCGCUUCUGACGCCUUUCGACUCCGCCUCCCCGACGUACGGAACGACCCCAAGAACCACGCGAUCGCGUUCGAGGACCGCGCGGACGCGGAGCGGUUCGUGUGGCUCAUGCGAAGCACGCGAAGGGACGAGAACGAGGGCCUGUGCACGACGAACGCGAUGCCGGCGGAGCUCAUCGAGCGCGUCGCGAAGCAGGAGGGCGUGGGCGUCACGGUGAUCGCGAGGGGACGCGUGGACCUGAGCCCGGGCCGCGACGACAUGGCGGUGCUGAGAGAGAUUCGCGAGAUCGGCGGCGAGCAGUACCUGUACGACUUCGCGCAGUACACGAAGCGGGGGUUGGACGAGCAGAGGAUGCCGCCGCCGCCGACGAUUCAGUUCCGCGACCCGUACUCGUCGCGGUGA